GUUCACUCCGUCUCCUACUCCUACUCUGUCUGCUCAAUAAUAAUUAUUUACCUUAAGAUUUAUUAUAUUUUGUUUCGGUACCGUCAAAAUAAUAAUUUAUUGUCGUUUAAUUAAUAACUUCAGCUAUAAAUAACUAAGUGACUUGAUAAGCAAUUAAAUAACGGUUUUAAAUUUUUUAUUUUUUGAAUAAUAAUUUAAUAAAUGGCAAAUUAUAGUCAACUUUGCGGUUUGUUAUUUAUGUAAGUGUUAAUGUGUGAUGCUGAUAUAUAAGUCUUUUUAUGUCAUAACUCAUGCAAGAUUCGUGGUGGUAACAAGUCUCGUGUUUUUGUGCUAGACAGUUUUAUAUGAAAUACGGAUCAUGUAAAAUAAAAAUUGUAAAAACAAAAAUAAAUAAAUAACAUUGCUAUUUUACAAUAAUUUUGAACAAAGAGUGGGAGCAAGAAGAAAGUGAGAGUUUAGCAUUGCCUUGUAAUUAUUGAAGGCCUUGGUGUUCUUGGAGGAAAAAAAAACAACAAUGGUUGUCGAUACAGGAACAGUAAGACUAGUUAUAUUUAUUGGAAUGUUUCUUGUGUUUGCUGGAGACUAUACUAGUCUAAUAAAUUCUAUUUUUGGCAACGGAAUGGAACGUGCUAAUUCAUCAAUAAGAUUACAAGCCUCUAAUUCAAAUGCUGAACGCGUUUCAUUGAUAACUGAUGUUAAGAAUUCAAAUAAUGACCAUGGAAUGACACGCAGAGAAAAAAUAAUGACAACAAUUAAAACAGCAUGUCUACCAAAACUUAUUUGUGAAUUGACUUCGUCAUCGCAUCAAGUGCAAUUAAGUGAAAUGGAAAAAUCACUUCUUAAUUUGAUAAGAGAUACAAGUUUAUCGACGAUGGCGGAAGUUGCUUCAAGGUAUCACUUUGCCGCACAUAUGGGUCAACUUAUUGCCGGUAUCGAAGGUCAAGGCUGCCACAAUUUCUAUCCUACGUGCCCAUUACCUCGAUCCAGCGUUCUCAGUAUGAUGAAAAAAAUUCGUCUCCGUUAAGAAAGCUCAAUUUAUUUAGUUAUUUUUAUUUAAAAUAAAUAAGUAAAUAAAUUAUAUAUUCUAUUUUUAAAAAUAUUAUGAUCUGAAAGGUCAUUUGUGUUUAUCGUAUCUGUGAUACAAAAUAUUUAAAUCGUGAAAGUAUGAAUUAUCGAUUUUACACAGCUUUUACUUGUCUAUAAUAAGUCAUAAUUGUAGUAUUUUUUAAUUAUUAAGCAUGUUGUUUAAUUAUAA